AUGAGACCAGCAAAGGCAAAAGGCGAACCUGAAAUCGCUUCUCUUGUCAUUCGUGGCAGGAAAGCAUUGGUGUCGCUUGUUGAGAAUCUAGAACCAGUCCUAGAAUCCAAAUCAAAAGUCGGUUCUCAUUUGGCACGUUUCAACCUCUGGUCAGCAAGCUUUGCAGCACACCGUGCCGCAGGCAAACGUGCCCUGGAGUACCGUCUCCGCGAUGCUUCGUCGGUCAAGAAUCAAAUUCUGUCAUUACUACGGGACCUCUCUACUGUGAUCGACCAAGCUCAAGCAUCAGCCCGUGGACAAUCUGAUCCGUCGCAUGACGACCCGGCCUACGAUGAAAUCGAGGCUUACUUCCUCGCGGGGGAUAGUGCAACACAGUCACCGCUUGAUCACUCAGUUGCAGAAAUAGGACACAUCGUGGACUGUCUGUUACGCUUGUCCGCUACCAUUAAUAAUCCAGCACCUCACGACCAGUUUCAGUCGAGAGUUGGAGCUGGAAUCAGCGGCUAUUUUGAGCCGUGGGACGUGAGGCAUGUUCAAGAAAAGUUCAAAGAUCUUGAUCCAGCCAUCGCAGAGCGUCUUGGAAAAGCCGUGACCAUGAGGCGGCAUUAUUUCAGAUAUCGAGAAGAGCACCAUCAUAAACUUUCCGAAGGACUUGAAGAUGACAAUGUCGCCGGAGGGGAUGAGACCACCGUUGCUUCUUCGAUACCCGAGCACUUGAAGGAUCUUCCAGGAAUCAGCUCCUCAAUUUAUCUUGACAACCAGUCGGAGUUUUCCGUAACUUCGUAUGCACCUUCAAGCGCCGAGCCAGACCAGCUUGCAGUGCCGCCCAUACCCCAGGAACACCUGGAAGGACCAUUUCUAUGCCCAUUUUGCAAAAUGAUCAUACAGAUUGACACAAGACGAGAAUGGAAGGAGCAUGUAUUUAGAGACCUUCGGCCCUAUGUUUGCAUUGACAAAACAUGUCCCACGCCCAAUCGUCAAUAUGCUCGACGCAGUGAAUGGAAUCGUCAUAUGAACCAAGACCAUUGGAAAAUGUGGUACUGCUUAUUUGGUUGUCUUAGGAUAUUUCCCACACGAGAGACAUGGCGCGAGCAUUAUACGAGUACUCAUCGCAAAGAAGUAACUGAACAGGAACUCAAGAUACUGGAAGAAGAGAGUAUCCAUCAAUCUCUGGACAAAUCUGUUGGGAAUUGUCCUUUUUGCAUGUCCGUGGAUAUUGAAGGCCCAAGGCAGUACAGUUCUCAUAUUGGCCAUCAUUUGGAAUUACUGGCCCUCUUCUCGCUGCCCAGCAUAGAUGGAAAAGACGAAAUUGAUGACGAGGUAGUUUUCAGUCAUGAGACUAUGCCUGACGAUAGGGCUGAGCAUCAUGAUGACUCUUCGAGUUCCGCUGCAGAUUCAAACACAUUGCUUGAAGCUGAACCAGAACAAAUACUUGGGUCUAUCAGCCCGCAGGAUAGGUUGGAAGCGUCUGACGACUUUGAAGCUGCAGUUGGAAGGCAAAAGAUGGAAAAAAGUGAUAAACAAGACGCGCUAUUGGCCAAAAAAAGAGAAGAGUUUAGGAAAAAGGACAAGGAGGCAAGGGAAGCAGUUGAAAGGGCCGUUCGAAACAGGAGAGAGGCGCUGGAAAAAAACAGGCGGGACGAAGAUCGCAGAAAAAUGGAGACCGAGCUCGCAGCCGCUGCAGAGGCUCCUAUGGUCAAGCUCAUGGCAGCAAUCAAGGCAAAGGAGGAAGCUGAAGCUGAAGCAUUAGCCAAGAAAGAGAUGGAUGAGGAAGCAGAAUGGUAA